GUCAAGUCCACACGGCUCGCUGAAAUAUGCUGUGAUUGCCAGAUGUGAUUUCUGUGCAUCUGAGGGAUCAUUUUGUGAUCUUCACAAGGAUUAACGCAGGAAGGUAAGGAAAUUCACAGGCAAAAGUCCCAAAGAAUCCGCCAUGGCCAGAUAUGUUGCACGUAUCAGAAACUUCAUCCCAGGAGUUCGGCAUUCGGACAGCAACAUCCCGCCUCAAGGAGUUACUCUGGAUAUGGGGGAGGUUGAUUAUGGGAAAGAGAAGGACAAGAGAAAAAUGUCAUUCUACAAUCCGCUGGACCCCUUGCCAAAAUAUGACUUUUAUGCCAAAGACACUUGGUCGGGACGUAUAAAAAGCACCAGACCAUCACUGGAUGUUCUACGCAAACCACCGGACCCCGAUGAUCUUCCUCCACCACCAGAGGAAGAUGGACGGCCCAAAGUCAAGCUUGUUCGCUUUGGAUGGGUUCUGGGAGUCCUGAUCCGCUGUAUGUUGAACAUUUGGGGAGUCAUUAUGUAUCUGAGACUGCCGUGGAUCACAUCUCAAGCUGGAAUCAUUCUGACCUACGUCAUUAUCUGCAUGUCUGUCACCAUCACAACAAUUACAGCAACCUCAGUGUCUGCAAUCUCCACCAACGGGAAGGUCUUCUCUGGUGGCACGUACUUCAUGAUCUCUCGGAGUCUGGGUCCGGAGCUCGGAGCGCCCAUUGGUUUGCUCUUUGCAUUCGCCAACGCUCUCGCCUGUUCACUCAACACGGUGGGCUUCGCUGAGACCGUCAGAGAUGUUCUUAAAGACAAUAACGCUCAGAUGGUGGACGAUGUCAAUGAUGUGAGGAUCAUUGGGACGAUUACUGUCAUCCUCCUCCUCUGCAUCACAUUUGCUGGCAUGGCUUGGGAGGCGAAGGCUCAGAUCCUGUUCUUCAUCGCACUCUUGCUCUCCUUAGCUAAUUAUUUUGCGGGGACGGUCAUUCCCCCUAGCACAGAGAAGCAGGCUAUGGGAUUUUUUGGCUAUCGUGCUGAGAUUUUCGUUGAGAAUCUGCUGCCUUCCUUCCGAGGCAAAGAUGGAUCUUUCUUCAGGAUGUUUUCCAUCUUCUUCCCUUCUGCCACAGGAAUCCUGUCUGGAGUCAACAUCUGUGGAGAUCUCAAGGAUCCAUCGGGUGGGAUUCCUAAAGGGACCCUGCUGGCCAUAUUCUGGACCACCUUGAGCUAUUUAUUGAUCUCAAUCACAUGUGCUGCAAGUGUUGUAAGAGAUGCCUCUGGUAGUCUGAACGAUAGUUUAGCGCUCAAUUCUUCGAUCCACUGCAGUGGUUUGGGCUGUAAAUUAGGCUGGAAUUUUGAUCAGUGUGAGCAGAACCACACAUGUAGCUUUGGACUGGCAAACCAUUUCCAGAUUCUUGCCGUAGUUUCAGGAUCUGGCCAUUUGAUCACCAUCGGGAUCUUUGCCGCCACCUUGUCGUCAGCGCUGGGUUUCUUGGUGUCUGCUCCUAAAAUUUUCCAGUGCUUGUGUAAGGAUAACAUCUACCCCUAUAUCGGCUUCUUCGGAAAAGGUUACGGGAAAAACAACGAACCUCUGCGAGGCUACAUGCUCAUGUUCACCAUCGCUUUGGCUUUCAUCCUCAUUGGUGACCUGAACACAAUUGCUCCUCUGAUCUCCAACUUCUUCCUCUGCUCUUACGGUCUCAUCAACUUCAGCACCUUCCAUGCGUCGAUCACCCAAUCACCCGGUUGGCGGCCACAGUAUCAAUACUUUUCUCCAUGGACGUCUCUGUUUGCUGCAGUCUUGUCUUUCCUCCUCAUGUUUUUGUUCACGUGGUGGGCCGCUCUUGUCACUUUUGCUAUCGUGCUCUGCCUCUUAGGCUACGUCACCUAUAAAAAACCUCAUGUGAACUGGGGCACGUCUUAUCAGGCGGGUUUCUACAACAUGGCUUUGUCCUUCUCGAUGUCUCUGACUGGUGUUGAAGACCACGUCAAAAACUUCAGGCCUCAGUGUCUCGUUCUGACCGGUCCUCCUAACGUUCGUCCUGCUCUGGUGGACUUUGUGGGGACUUUCACUAAAAACAUCAGCCUGAUGAUCUGUGGGAACAUUAUCAUGGAGGAUGAGAAGUCCAGUUUCCCGCAGCACAGCACCGAUAUGCUGGUGGACUGGCUCAAUCAGAGGAAAGUUCGUUCUUUCUACACGUCCUUCACCGCUGACAAUCUGAAAGAGGGCACACAUAAUCUCAUGCAGGCUUCAGGUCUCGGUAAACUGAAGCCCAACACUCUGGUUUUGGGAUACAAGGUGAACUGGCAAGAAUGUAAACCGGAGAGCUUACAGGACUACGUCAACACCAUCAGCGACGCAUUCGACUCCAGCUACGGCAUCACUGUUCUGAGAAUGAUGGACGGAUUGGACAUAACGGCUGAUUUGCACAGCGCAGGCAGAUCAUCAUCUGCUAUUGAUAACCCGGCAUUCGACGCAGAUGACAUCCCGCCGUGUGAAAAGGACGAGACCGACCGGAAUUCAGAUAUUUCUGAUGAUGGCUCAAAUGAGCAGGUCAGAACGGUGUUUCAGACGAAACAGGGCAGGAAGAGCAUCGACAUCUACUGGAUCUCUGAUGAUGGAGGUCUGACUCUUUUAGUGCCGUAUUUGUUGACCAGAAGAAACCGCUGGAAAAAGAGCAAACUCAGAGUUUUUAUCUUAGGAGGCCGAGAAACCAUGGAGGAAGACCGCAAAGACAUGAAGAUGCUGUUAAAGAGAUUCCGGCUGGAGAUCGAGGACAUCGUCGUGAUAACAGACGUGGAUAAAACUCCUCUGGCGAAAAAUUUGCAGCGGUACGAGGAAACCAUCGCCCCCUUCAGGCUGAGUGAGGAACAGGCCGGAGGAGACGUACAGGAGCUCAAGAGACUGAGUCCAUGGAAAGUGUCCAGCAAAGACCUGGAGGUCAUGAAACCAAAGGUGGAGAGGACAGUGAGACUAAAUGAGAUAAUCAAGAAGAACUCAAUUCAUGCUGCUCUGGUUCUAAUUUCUCUUCCGGUCCCUGAUAUCACCUGUCCUAGUUCUCUCUAUAUGGCCUGGCUGGACGCUCUGAGCUACGGCAUCCACUGCCCCGUCCUGCUCAUACGAGGAAACCAGGAGAACGUCAUGACCUUCUACUGUCAGUAAAUGUGACCGUUCAUCAUUAAAUGCAUCUAUCACUGCGUGGAAAGCUCAGCUGCUGUCAGUUUGAAUCAUGUAAAGAUGUCGAACCUGUCGAUCUGAAAUGAGCUGCUUACUCCUCUUGUUCAGUGGCUGUGGAUGUAUGUUUAUUUCACACGUUCUUAUGUCUGUUUAAUGUGUUUGAUGAUACAGGUUAAUGAUUCAGCUAGAGAGGAUAGAAUAGAAAUGGGAAAGCCAUUCACUUGAGGGUAGAAGUUUAACGCAAUUUAAACAAGACACAAUUAUAAUAUUAUAAAAUAAGUUUAUUUGUUCAUGCUUUGUAAAAUUACAUUUCAUUGACCAAAACAUUAUAACCAAUAAUUUAGUAUGUUACAUUUUGACUGAAUAUAAAUACUAGAUUAUGAUGAAUUACGUAUGUUUUGAUCUGCUUUUCAAUGUGAAAAAUACAAUUUAGCACAAUGACGAACAUCUCAACUUUCAUUGUCUCAUUACACCAAGUAUAAAACGUUAUAAAAGCUGUUCAAUCACAUGAAAUAAACAAUUAAGCAUCACAACAUAUACAGAAUAUAUUCCAGCUGAAAUAAACACAGAUUUCAUUGAG